CUGUAUGUUUGUGUAGGACAUAUUGUCAAAGUUAUUGCGAGACAGAUUCUUCUUUUUCUGCCUUGACAGUCUGUUAAUAUGAUAUCCAUCAUUAGUCUGACUGGAAUAAUAACUACUUUACUGCAAAUUUCCACUGCUCGGGAUGAUCUGUCAAAAAUUUUGACUACUGAUCCUAAUGUGCAGAAGACCAUUGUUGACAAACAUAAUGCUGUGAGAGGAUCGGUACAUCCAACUGCAGCAAACAUGCUAAAAAUGAAGUGGAAUACAGAGGCGGCUGCCAAUGCUGAAAGGUGGGCCAGAACCUGCUCGAUGAAUCAUAGUCCCUCAGAACAAAGAAGAAUCAGUAAGGACAGCUGUGGUGAAAAUUUGUACAUGUCUUCAAAUGAAAGACCAUGGGAAAGUGCAAUUCAGGGAUGGGAAGAUGAAAAAAAAGAUUAUGUGUUUGGAGAACCCCCAAAAACUGGUAAAGUUGUUGGGCAUUACACUCAGCUGGUAUGGGCGAGUUCCAAUCAGGUUGGCUGUGCUGUUGCUCACUGCCCCAGUUCCCAAUUUAAAUAUUUUUAUGUCUGCCAAUACUGUCCUCCAGGAAAUUUUAUAAAAUCCAAUCCAUAUACACUCGGUGCUUCAUGCAGUUCUUGCCCAAAAUCUUGUGAAAAAAAUCUCUGCACUCAUCUUUGAGUCUGCCAAGAGAAACUGCUUCCUAAAAUCCUAUAACCAAUCUAAAGCAACAAAAGUCUUCUUAUUUUAGUACAAUUAAGAUAAUCAAAGCAGAUGCCUUAUGUAACAACCAUUAAAAUUUCUUAUUAUAAAAUGUUGACUUUUUAAGACUUUAAAUCAGAAAUAAAAACAUGAUUUAACAACAUGGAAAUUUAAAUUCAUAUUUGCAUUUAAAAUCCUGCUUUUUUAAUAAAUAAAAGCCUUAGCAGAGACAUCAUGGCUAUUCCUUUGUUUUUCUGUAGCUAAACACAUUUCUGUCUGUGUAUUUCUUCACAGUAAUGGAAACAGGCAGCAGAAAGCUUGAUGCUCUGUCAUGUGCACUUCACCACGGGCUCUUUGUGUGCUUUAAGCUUUUAGCUGAUUUAAAGUACUUUGCUUGUUGGAAUACAAUGACUACCAACAGGUAAAUUACCUGACUUAAGCCAAGAUGACAAACAGUAAGAUAAGUCAAAUAUAUGUAAACUGAAUAAUAAAUGCCUGAAAACAAUGGAAAAAUAAUCCUUUAAAAUGACAGUUAUGGGUUGAUUCUUCACUUGUUUUUCAAAAAUUGAAAGGAGCUUUCUGUAGCAAUGAGUUAAAAAACAAAAUAUUUAAGAUAAAUUUAAUUUACUUUGACUUACUUUAUGAGUUACCCUUAACUAAAAUAAUGCCUUAUUUUAUAUUUUAGCAUUUUUAAAUUUCCCAAGCACAUUCUAUUAAUCACAAAUAUCAAAAGAUUGAUAUCCCAGUUUUUUAAAAUACAAUACCUGUUUGCUUUCAUUUUCUUGUACCCAUUGAUUAAAAUCCCACAGUCGACCAUAGCUCAACUGAGUACAUAUUGAGUACUGAUUGUAGAGUUUUGAUUUUCAUGACAUUCCUGUCCUCUUCUGGAUAUCUCCUUGCACUGCACUGGACAACCUGUAUGUUAUCAUACAUGGUGAACUUCAGGCACCACCACUAAAUCUUGUCCCAGAUUGGUAUGUGUACAUGUAGAGUGGACUCGACAAGAAAUAUCAAACACGGGUCACAACAUAAGGACAGAUGUUUGUUCAACUUCUAUUUUAUAUGGUUCAUUUUUUACCCUUUUGUUUUUAUUUAGUGUACACAAAUGUGCUGUUUGCUUCUUUUCUUGAAUUUCAUUUUGACGCUUCUACUACAUAUGUUCUGUGGGUUGCUUUGACAUUUAGUGGUGUUUAAAUUAAAGUUACAUGAUGUUG